AUGGCCGAGCAAUGCUGCUGCUGCUGCACAAAGCACGACAAGCUAUUCUGCCAUCGCUGCGUACAGCUAGGCAUCGACCAACAGGCAUCUCUCAAGCGGCAACUCUCAGACCAAAUCAAUAUCGUCACUCGGCGAUGCGCGGUGCAGGAGCAGGCCGCGGCGAGAUGGAGGACCCUGCGAGCCGAGGUGGCUGAACAGGAGCGGCGAGUCCAAGACCUCCAGCGCCGCUUGGCCAUCAGCUCUCCUCUGCGCCAUUCGGCGCCCCGCUCACUCCGCCCUCCCGUUCCCACCAUCGAGCUUCGCCAAGUCCACUUGGAGCAACGCAAGGUCGACAAGGACAUUGCCGCUGCCAGGCGUGUACUGAUACUAGAGGCGGCAUCCAUCAUGGGUCUGACACGAGGCGGGAUCGCCGGACUACCCCUGCCCCACCCGCGAGAAAUGAAGCUCCGCGACGCCACCAAGAUCAACGCUGCUCUACAACACACCUGCCACUUCCUCGACCUCCUCACUCGCUACCUCUUCAUCGCUCUCCCCUUUGACCCUGGCGCCGACAGCCGCAGACGGAUCCAGCUCAAACCCAACCUCCCCUUCAUCCGCACAACCAAGUACCGCGACAAGAAUCUCCUCUCGCUCAGCCGCAAGAACCAGCGAGGCUUCUACACAUCGUACGGACUGCUCGCGCACUCGGUGGCGUAUCUCGCGUGGAUGCAGGGGGUCGAGGAGGAGGAUCUGGGAGCGAAUCUAUACGGGCUGGUCUACGCGCCCGGCGUGGCCAAGUCCCACCUAGAAAUAAAAAGCCUAGGCUUCAGUCUGGAUGUCAACGAUGUGGUUGAGCAGGUCUUGGAAGACUGCGGGCUAGAAGAGGAAGGCUGGGCACUAGUAGAUGCAUAA